UAUCCAAUCCUUCCGCCACGCCUCCGCCUCCGCCGCCGCCUCGCCGUCCGCCUCCGCGGCCGCCGCCGCCGCCUCGCGGCAAAACCCUAACCCUCGAACUCCCCCCCACCCCACUCGCCCCCGCGCGGAGCAGGCGAGCGGCUACCCCAACCCGACCCCAUGGCGUCCUCGACGGCGGCCAACCUGUGGGUUCUGCUCGGCCUCGGCAUCGCCGGGGUCCUCCUGGCGGCGAAGCGGCUGCGGCGGCCCGCGCGGCCCGACAACGGCGCGUUCAUCGCCCGCCUCGAGCUCCUCCCCCCGCCGCAGCCGCCGCCCCCCCAGGCGCGACACCCACUCACGGGGCUCUGCUUCGCCAUCGCCGACGCAUUCCACGUAACUGGUUAUAUAACAAGUUUUGGCAGCUUAGAAUGGGCAAAGACACAUGAUGCAGCAACACAAACAUCUCUAGUCGUUUCAUCUCUUGUAGAUGGUGGUGCUAUGUGUGUUGGAAAAACUGUUAUUGAUGAAAUGGCAUUUAGUAUCCAUGGUGAGAAUAAACAUUUUGGCACACCAACAAAUCCUGCUGCUCCAGAUCGAGUACCUGGAGGAUGUUCAAGUGGGUCAGCUGUUGCUGUUGCUGCUGGCAUUGUAGAUUUUUCCUUAGGUAUUGAUACCAUUGGAGGAGUAAGGGUACCAGGUAGUUAUUGUGGCGUCUUGGCAUUCCGGCCUUCACAUGCUGUUGUCCCCAACAAUGGUGUUAUUCCUGUCGCUCCUAGCCUGGAUGCCAUAGGUUGGUUUGCGAGGGAUCCAAGUGUACUGCGUCGUGUUGGCCAUCUCCUUCUGAGGCUACCCUACGCUGAUAUUCGACAACCCAGACAUUUCUACAUAGCAGAUGAUUGCUUUGAAAUGUCAAAGGUGCAUGCAAGAAGAUUGACUCAGGUGGUGACGAAAUCUGUGGAAAAGCUAUUUGGGAGACAAGUCCUGGGUCAUGUUAAUCUUGAAAAUUAUUUGGCUUCAAGAAUACCCAGCCUGAGGAACAAUUCAAAUGGUCAUGGUGACUCAAAGUUUUCUUCAUUGCUAGCACUUUCUAGGGCUAUGCAGUUUCUUCACAAACAUGAAUUCAAAGAUCAACAUAUGGAGUGGAUAAACUCUGUUAAGCCUGCUGUUGAUGCAUGCAUAGUUGGUAAUUUGUCUGAUGAUGGUGAGUCAACUAUCAAUAACAGUCAAGAUGCAAGGAAAGAAGUCCGUGCAGCUCUCGGUGCUCUUCUUAAGGAUGAUGGAAUUCUGGUCAUUCCAACUGUUCUGGGAUGCCCCCCAAAACUAAAUGCCAGGGAACUUUCAUCUCAGGACUACAAUGUUCAGACAUCAUGUCUUACAUCUUUAGCUAGCAUGUCAGGGUGUUGCCAGGUGACGGUUCCUCUGGGUACACAUGAUAAGUGUCCAGUUUCAGUUUCUUUGAUUGCAAGGCAUGGUGGUGAUCGAUUUUUAUUGGACACCAUUCAAACAAUUUAUGCUACCAUCCAAGAGCAAGUUGACGCUCUAGCAAAGUCUAAUGUCUCGAGUAAACAGGCGAUGAGUGAAGAAGCUGCUGAAGCUGCUAAAGAGAAAGGUAACAUUGCAUUUAAGGAGAAACAAUGGCAAAAGGCAAUAAAUUUCUAUACUGAAGCAAUCAAAUUAAAUAAUAAAGUGGCUACAUACUACAGCAACAGAGCUGCUGCUUUUCUAGAGCUAGCUAGUUACCGCCAAGCUGAGGCAGAUUGCACAAGUGCCAUCGAUAUUGAUCCAAAGAUUGUAAAAGCUUAUUUGAGGAGAGGCACUGCAAGGGAGAUGCUGGGUUACUACAAGGAGGCUGUUGAUGAUUUCAGCCACGCCCUUGUUCUAGAACCCAUGAACAAGACAGCUGGUGUGGCCAUCAAUAGGUUAAAGAAGCUAUUUCCGUAAAUACUGGGCUGUUGGAUUUUUUUUCUGCAUAAAGAUACUCAAGUUCUGCAUGCCUGGGGGGUGAAAAAGAAGGUACCUGAGUGCCACCGAUUGAUGCUGCUAUCCAAGUUCAUAAGGUACUAACUACCGUUGCUACUGGCGAUAGAACUGUCUAUCAUCUGUGUUUUCAAUUAGUUGUUACCCCCCAAGUUUUGGAAAAGUGGAAUCGAAAACAGAAUUUUGGGAGUUGAUCAUAGUAAACAAUGCCUUUAAAUAUGCUCUAGUGGUGUUCUUGGCCCACUUCCAUGUAUAAUAUCGGUUUUGGCAAUUAUUUGUUGAGGCACCCAUAUUUUUCCUGUUGAAAACUUUUUGCCA